CAAGCAAAAAGUGCGUGUGCUGCUUUUUAAGAUUAGUUAAUGUUUCAGGUCGGAACAUUAACAGUGUGAGAGGAGUUGAUGAAAUGAGAGUUCGGAUCAAAGUUGUGGUGUAGAACAGAGGCUGAGGGAGUGCAAGGAAAUGAGUAGGGAAGAUCAACCUUCCUGUUUGCAUGAAAUAUGAACAAGAAGAUUGUCUUCGCUCUGCAAGGCCAGAGAAUGCUUUGAGCUCCGUUCUGAACUGCCGCUUCGUAUAGAAAUGCUUCCUCAUUUCACUUCUGAAAGGCAAUCAGAAAACGCUGGAACCACUCAGCAGUGUGUGAGUCAGAAUCCUGUCCGAGGCUGUGAACUGCAACUUUAAACCAACACUUCUGGCAGGAGACUUGUAGCGAGAAAGACCUGGUCGUGAAGAGGCAAGGGAGACUUGCAUUGGCCAGUCAGCGGAUUUGUUUGUGGGGGUCAUGGCUCUCCGUGGGUUCCUGGCGGUUUCCAGGCGGGAACUGCUGGUGUUAGCAGUGCUCGCCUUCUCUUGGACGGCUGCUUCUAUUCAAGACUGCGACCGGGGUCUGAGAAACUACGGCGGCCUCCCUGAGGCUCAGUACAGCAGCAGUCCCCGACGCCAGGCGGGUGGGAUGUCGGUGCUUUACAGCAUGGUGCACAACUUCCUCAAUAUUGUUCAACCGAACCCCUUCCCAACAGAUAUCAUCAAGUUACUCAUGGAGAAUAUUGAAGAGCUACAAAACAGUUACGUGAAGGUGGUUCAGUAUGAGGUUGGUUACAUUGUUUGCGCCGUCAUUGGCAUCCUCUUCUUCCUGCUCAUGCCGCUGGUGGGACUCUGCUUCUGCUGCUGCCGCUGUUGUGGGAAGUGUGGAGGGAAGAUGUACCAGGAGCAGACCGAGUCCAUGGACUGCAGGAGGAGGGUGCUGGCAGUCGGUCUGCUCGUGGUCACUUCAGUCAUACUAGCGGGAAGUGUCUGUAUGUUCGUCAGCAAUGAAGAGGUAUCAGAAACCGUACAGGACAGUGAGACGCUACUGAGCAACAUCCUGGGGAAUCUAAAGCUCUACAUCUCUACCAUCCAGACUCAAGUCACAGCCAUCACAAGUGCUGUCUCAGUCCCAGUAAGUCUUGUCACAGCGAACCUGGACAACAUUGGUUCAAAUCUGGGUGAUGCUAUCAGGGAGAAAUUGGGUGAAAGUGUGUACCCAGCACUGAGUGCAGCAUCGGAGUUGGCACAAGACAUCAAACAAACGAAUGACAGACUGAUGCUGGUGAACAAUACGGCAGUGGAGCUGAUCCAGCAACAGGAGAGCCUCCAGAGGAAUCUCAGCAUCAUCCAACAGGACAUCAACAGCACUCUCAAUCAAUGCGGUGGACCAUGUGCCAACAGCCGGGACCUGGUGACUGGGCUCACCCUUGUCGCCAACUUUUCCAAGGUUCCUAACAUGGACAAAGUGAUCAGAGCCAUGGGGCUAGUUGUAGAAUCCAAUCUCCAAUCUGCUGUACAAGAGGGAUACAGAGCUUUUAAUGACACGCCAGCCUUGGUUACCAACCAAACAGCCAGCACUGUGUCAGAAGCGAAGAAGAGCUUAAGGAAUAUUGAAACUCAGAUAAAAAACAUCCAACAAGAGUUUCCACUAUUACACACAACAAGUUCAAUCACUUCCGAGAUCGAUAAAAUUAAUAGCACAAUAAAAGAAUAUUAUCCAAAAGUCAGGCAGGCAAAUAAAUACAGAUGGAUCGUCGGGAUUGUGCUGUCCUGCAUCAUUCUCCUGAUUGUGGUCUGUAAUUAUUUCGGCCUUCUGCUGGGAACAGCGUGUCUCAGACCCAACGUGAGCCCCACCCAGCGAAACUCUGCAUCCCAUUCUGGUGGCAACUUCCUCAUGGCGGGAGUCAGCUUCAGUUUUAUCUUCUCCUGGAUCCUGAUCCUGCUUGUCUUCAUCUUGUUCCUUGUGGGCGGCAAUGUCUACUCGCUGGUGUGCAAGCCCUGGUAUAACGACAAAUUGCUUCAGGCAAUGGAAGACUUGGGACUGAUGGACAACUUCAACUUGGAAAAAACCCUCAGACUGAACACCACCCUGAAUAUCAGCACCGUGUACCGUGACUGCCAGAACAACACCUCAGCGUGGAAAGCCCUAAACCUGGGCCAGAGCUUUAACCUGGAUGAGUACCUGAACCUCAGCAAGUACACAGAGGAUAUUUCAGGACAGUUUGAAAACUUGAAUGUCAAUUUAUCGGGGAUUACGUUACUGGAUGACAAGGGCAAGGAGACUGCGAAGAACGUGUUGAAAACGGGUGUUGAAGAUCUCAACUUCACCAGUUUCUCUGAGCAGAUGUCCCUUCCUUUAAUUCAGAGUGAACUCCUCGCCACUGUAGAGAAGCUACAGAACCUCUCCAAGAUCCUGCCGGAUCCUACCAAAAUUAAACUCAACAACGAAGCAGCAAGCCUGAAGCAACUGGAUGUCUGGAUCAAAAGUAACAUGGUGCCAAACAUGGAAGCGUUGAAAGAAAAACAUUCGGAAUCUUCAAGGAAUAACUUCAAAUCUCAAGUGGUAAACACUACGUUAUUAAAGAUAGAAUCUGCACAGACUGUCCUCCACACAAAAGCUUCGGACUUCAUUAAAAAUGAAUCCAAGGUUUACCUGGACUGCCAGCUGAGUUACUUCAGCCAGUACGUGAACUGGACCAAGAGAGCGAUAACACAGGAUGUAGCCCGGUGCAGACCAGCAGCCAAUGUCCUAAGUUCUGUAGCCACCAUCUCGUGUUCCUACCUUCUGGACUCGAUGAAUGCCUUCUGGUUUAGCAUGGGAUGGAGCACCGUGUUCCUGAUUCCAAGCAUCAUACUCGCGGUGAAACUGGCAAAAUUCUACCGACGCAUGACAGCUUCAGACGUAUAUGAGAAUGGCAGCCCUCACUUUGAGAUGAGAAAAUUCAAUAAGUGAUUCCGCCUUUUGAAGCCAGAUGUUAGGAUCAUCCCAACGACUCUGGCUCUCUCCGAUGCUGUGUGGACAAAGGUCAGCGAGCCUUCGCUGCAGCUUCAUUAUUCCUGUGAUGGAGCAACGUUGCCAACAAGCACCGAAUUAAAUUAUAGAAUGUAUCUGAAUAACAUUUUUAACAAAAAUCCCAAUCCUCAAAUCAACUUCCCAGCAGCUCUGUUUCAACCUCAGCCCGUCAGGUUCUUCCCCAGACACAGAACCAGACCAGCCCUUGUCCUUCAUGUUUCUGACCAUAGUACACAGCUUUGGUGUAUGUUUUACAAGUCAACCUCCUUCAAGAUCUCUCCGAGUCCAUCUAACUCAGGGGACUCCUGCUCCCUUGUUUCUUUCCUGUGCACCCGACUGUAUCCAGGGAAUUACCUGGAAUGGAUUCUGUUUUGGCUUCUGCUGGCGUCUUCCCUUUGGUCUCUCUUCUCCAUUUGAUUUACAUUGCUUCCUUUCAGCAACAUCAGUCAAAGACUCCUUUCCAUGCCACAUCACUAAGCUCGCUUUCCCCACCAUCUCCCUUUACCACCUCAGGAGCUUGCGGUGUUUGCUUGUCACUUAACGCCGGCAGAGAUGGCAAUGUCUACAAUAAGACCUUUGGGAAGACUAAAGUCACGGACUUCAUUUCCCCGACUCUCGCCAACCUUGGCAUCCAUUUGACCCUGAGGGGAGUUUCGGUCCUCAUUUCCCGUACCAACUCUAUAACCUCAUGCAUCUUCUGCACGUCAUCACUACUCUGCAGAACCUUGAUCCACCUCACAUCGGGUCCCCAAUCACCCCCGCACUCUCUGUGUUCGACAUUCCAACUUCUAAGUGCUUCAUUGUUGGAACUCAGACUCUUGUUUCGCAGAGAAAUUCCAGGUCGUCUCUCCUUACUCUCCCUGCAACCUUCUCCAGUCCUUUGAUGCUCUAACUGUUCCCUAACUGCAUGGCGUUCUGGUUGCCACACUACAGGAAAGGCGUGGAAGGGUGCAGAAGAGGUUCACCAGGAUACUGCCUGGAUUAGAGAGUAUUAGCUACAAGCAGAGCUUGGACAAACUUGGGUUGCUUUCGCUGGAGUGUCAGAGGCUUAGGGGCAACCUGAUAGAGGUAUAUAAAAUUAUGAGAGGGAGAAUCCGAUGGUCAGAAUCUUUGUCCCAGGGUAGAAAUGUCAAACACCAGAAGGCACCACUUUAGGAUGAGAGGGGGAAAGUUUAAAGGAGAUUUACGUGACAAGUAUUUUUUUACAGAGAGUGGUGGGUGCUUGGAAUGGGCUGCCAGAGGACGUGGUGGAAACAGAUACAAUCGUGAUGUUUAAGAGGCAUUUAGACAGACAGAUGGACAGGCAGAGAAUGGAGGGAUACAGACCAUGUGCAGGCAGAUGGGAUUAGUUAGAUUGGCAUUGUGGUCGGCACAGACAUAGUGGGCUGAAGGACCUGAUCCUGUGCUCUCUAAACCUAAUUGUGACCCUUUCAUCAGCCCCUAUUUUCACCAUUUCUGGUCCAGUCUUCAACUGUUUGGGCUUUACAUUCUUGUAUUCCUUCCCUAAAUCUCUCUGCCUCUCUCUUCUCCUUGAGACACUCCAACGCCAUUGAAACCUACCUCUUGAGUGCACUGCCACUUUCUUUUGACGUCUGAUAACUAUCCUGUGAGGCACCUUGGGAGAUGUUACCUGUUAAGACACUAUGGUCAAACAGUCCAUGUUGUUUAAAAUGGAGCUAAUGAGAAAAAAAUAAAAUUGUAAAUAAACAUUUUCUUUUGGA